AUGUCUCUGCCUAAAACAAAAUCUGCAUGGCUUAUGCUUGCCAUCUCAAGCGGUGCAUGCGCAGCUUUCAAUGGCGUGUUCGCAAAGCUCACAACGACAGAGCUCACAGCCUCCUGGUCAGGCUCAAUAGCCACCGCAUUCGGUCUCAGCGCUUCAAACAAAGUUGUUGAAUUUGCGAUUCGAGGUCUCUUCUUCGGCCUCAAUCUCGUGUUCAACGCCAUAAUGUGGGGACUCUUCACCCGCGCCCUGACACUGGCGUCCUCUACCGUGCGCGUGUCCAUAAUUAACACCUCCGCGAAUUUUAUCGUCACGGCCGUACUCAGCUUCAUCAUAUUCAGCGAAUCGCUACCGGGGCUAUGGUGGCUCGGUGCAAGCCUGCUAGUUGCUGGGAGUGUGAUAAUUGGAAUGAGAGAAGAGACAGAGAAGUCGAGCGUGGUUGCUACUACCGGCGAGGCACCGCUGCUGGAUAGAGACGGAGAUGCGAAUGACGGCGAAGGGUUUCGGGAUGAGGAGGAAGAAAGACUGGAGUUGAAUAGCGUGAGGAAUACCAACGCAGAUAGUAGUGAUGAGGAUGCGGUGUUGAAGUAG